GGCCGCGUUGCCACUAGUAACGGGCGACGCCAUCCGGGGUCAGGGACGGGUGACCCGGAAGCCGCCGCCGCCGCCGCGCUCUGUGCGACAGACAGACCACCGACAGUCAGAGUGAAGGAAGGAAGGAAGGAAGAUGGUGGACUGUUGUUGGAAGUGGCUCGGCAUUUAUCUGCUCCUCGCCGCCUCCCUCCUGCACUGGUGCGCGGCGGCCGAGAAGGUGGCGCUGGUGGACGUCUUGCUGAUGGAUGCGCAACGGGGCUGGUCGGCCGAGUUCGGCUUCAAGUCGGGCAGCAACUACCGGCUGCAGGGGACGGUGCUGGCGCCUGGCAGCGGCCAAGGUAACGAGGGACUGUGCGCCUUUCCCAAACAUAACCCGGACAGCUUAGAAGGAAGCUUAAUAUUAGUUAAAGAUGAACCAUUGGACAUUCAGCCAAACAAGGGAGAGAAAUGGAUCGGAGUCGUUUCUGUUGAUGAAGACCAGGUUGAAAAAAAAGGAAGCAGCAAGCAGGAAUGGUUUGCUGCUGCAGUUAUUAAUAAGAUGAAAAGAGCACUUGUUCUAGGAGCAUCAGCCCUGUUCAUUUUAGUUUUGAAUCAAAAUGCCUUCACCGAGAUGGACAUCUCUGAAGUACUUUCUAAGCCUGUAGUUGUAAUGCAAAGCUCCGAAAAUGUGACUAAACUUCUGGGAGCCUUGUUAAGUGGGCUUCGUGCAUCUGCCAAAAUAACUUUUAAAAGCAUAAUUCAGAAUGAUCUGGGAGCAACAUUAACGCUGUGGUCAACCUGUGGCCGUUCACGAGGUGGGCUGUAUGGGGAAUGGCAGGGAGUGAUUUGUACAGGAGAGAACAGCUCUCGGGUUCAGAAAUAUCUGCAUCAGCUGUGGAACACUGUUCUACUGGUGGGCUUAAUCCUGUGUACUGGAGUCAUUGUACAGGCCCAGUGGCAAUAUAGACACUACGAAUCUAGUUCUGAAGAAUUGGAGAUGAACUUAAAACAACAAGUUUUAAAGCAGCUAUCGGCAAUGAAAACUAGAAAAUAUUUUCCAAAUAAAAGACACAAAACACAGUUACAAGAGCAUGAAAGUUGUGCGGUGUGCUUGGAAGAAUUCCACAAAAAUCAGUGUUUACGUGUGUUGCCUUGUCUACACGAGUUUCACAGGGACUGUGUUGAUCCUUGGUUGCUACUUCAACAGACUUGCCCCCUGUGUAAGCGGAAUGUAUUUGGUGAUCCAUGUGGCAACAGCUGACUCUAUUCUUCGUUCAAGAGAAGGAAAAGCAUGAAGCUACCUUGACUCCGUUUAUGUAAAUGAUACAAGACUUUUUACAUUGCACUUUAGUUGUAUUAUUCUGCACACCCAAUUAUAUUUGUGGGAAUCAAGUCAACGCUUGAAUUUAAAAUUUCAGAGCAAGGUAUUUCCUGUAAUCAUGUUUGGGAUUCUUGGUUUAUUGACUGGCACAAACAUGAUGUGAAGUAUACCGGCUAUAAUAAAUCUGUGAGGCUAAGUGAACUGUUUUGGGUUAUUCAGGAAAUUUGAGUAAGUGUAUAUUUUGCGUUUUGUGGUAAAACAUUUAACGGAACUAAAAAUCUUCAAUGGCUUGCAAUUUAUUUAUGUUAAAAGUAGUGAUGCUCAAUCUGCCCUUUAUUUUGUGUAUUUAUUCUUGUAGUUAUUUUCAUAUUGCAAAAAAAAGCAUCGCUGAAAUGUACUUAGUAUUAUUACUACUUCUGACCUAGAAAUCAUCCGUGCGUAAUGAUGGAAACGGUGGGUGAAAAAUAACAGUCUACCUGUGUUCCUUACAAUUAAAUGAUGGGACACAUAUGCACCUGGAACUCUAAAACCUUCCAAAGCAUUUCAACUGUUAGUAGUUUGUAAUGGAACUUUGUGGUUCAACUGAGUGCUGGAGGAACUCUGCGGGUCAGGCAGCAUCUGUGGAGAGAAUAGACAGGCAACGUUUUGGAUUGGGGCUUAUAGACGGGUACUGACCGAAAGUUUUGCCUGUCCAUUCCCUCCACAGGUGCUGCCUGACCCGCUGAGUUCCAUCAGCACUUGCUGAAGAGUCCAUCACUUGCAGUUCCUUGCACCUCCAUUAAUUAUUUAACUGUAGGUGUGUCCAAGUAUUAAUUCUAAAUAACUAGUUUAGUUUCCCCUUUAAAUAUUGUAUUCUUAAUUUGCAAUCUACAAGAAAAAUCAAAUUACUGAAAAGCUUGUAGUUCUUAUCCAAACCUUAAAUGUUAUCAUCCAAAAUGUUGUUUGCUGAUCUUCCUCGUGAGAAUACGCAGCAUUUUACUGCUGUAAAGUGAUCAGUUGCUGGUAUUGUACAAAUCCAAGGAGAGAGCUGGCUGUAUGACCUUUCUUACCUGCAUUCAAAAAUAGGUUCCCUGCCCCAGAGCUGCACCCAACAGCUGAUAAAAUGGAGGUUCCAAAUCUGCCCAACUGAUUUCCAGAAAAGUUAAAGGGUUCAGUUAUAUUAAAAGCAUGAAUUUUGAUUAGCAAAUACUAAGGGUCAAAUCUCAAAGUGUGCAUUUUGUAGUGCAUUGCAUUCUAAUAUGUGAGGACAAGCCGAGAACUGCGAUCACAUUGUUAAAUUUUUUUUUUGUUACUUAAAAAUAUACUUGUAUCUGAAGCAUUCAGGGCCUCUCAAUACGUUGUAUGUUUGUUCUGCCUGUGUUUUUUCCCCACUUGCUCAAUUGGUGUGAUGCACUGCUGAUUCUCCACAUUUUUCAUAUCCGUAAUAUUUUGUGGUACCCUACCCUCCAACCCACCAUAGUUGGGAGACCAGAGAAGAAUGGCUUAACGUGCAGUGCCCUGAGCACAAACUUGGGGUUUAGAUCAUUUAAAUUAUUUUUAGUGGAAUAGAUGAGAUUGAAUUGAAGUUCAAAUAUUUAAUGUCAAAAGGUAUGGGAUAAUAUGGCAAAGUAUAGGAAUACAGAAUCAAUUGGUAAACAUUAAAGAGCAUAAUGAUUAUGUGUAGGAAAGAACUGCAGAUGCUGGUUUAAAUCGAAGGUAGACACAAAAUGCUGGAGUAACCCAGCGGGAUAGGCAGCGUCUCUGGAGAGAAGGAAUGGGUGACGUUUUGGGUCGAGACCCUUCUUCAGACUGACGUUUAUUGAUUGUUGAUUUCAUUUAAAAAUUAAAAUAUAAAUACCUCUAAGUGAAUUAAAAGGAUGAUAACUGCCAUCUA